GUCUUUGGGUGUUUUAUUAUUAUUAUUAUUAUUAUAAUAUAUAUAUAUAUAUUGUAGUCAAAGCCUUUGGUGGCAACGAUGGAUAUGAAGAAAAGAAUUCACUUAGAGCUCCGGAACAGGACGCCCUCAGAUGUGAAAGAACUCGUUCUAGACAAUUGCCGGUCGAACGAGGGGAAGAUCGAGGGUCUGACGGAUGAGUUUGAGGAGCUGGAAUUCCUGAGCACAAUCAACGUGGGCUUGACGUCCGUGGGGAACCUCCCCAAGCUAACCAAACUAAAGAAGCUUGAACUCAGUGACAACAGGAUCUCGGGGGGACUAGACGUGCUGGCAGAGAAAUGUCCGAACCUCACACAUCUCAACCUGAGCGGCAACAAGAUCAAGGAUCUCAGCACAAUAGAGCCUCUGAAAAAGUUGGAUAACUUGAGGAGUUUAGAUCUUUUUAACUGUGAGGUGACAAACCUGAGUGACUACAGGGACAGUCUGUUUAAACUACUGCCGCUGCUCACCUACCUGGACGGCUACGAUCGCAAAGACAAAGAGGCGCCUGACUCGGACACGGAGAUCUGUGUGGAGGGGCCCGAUGAUGAUGAUGAGGAAGAUGAGGACGACGAGGAUGAGGAAGAUGAGGAGGAGGUAGCUGCGGUGGAGGGGGAGGAGGAUGAUGAAGAUGAAGACGAAGAAGAGGAGGAGGAGGAAGAAGAUGGAGAGGAGGAGGAAGAGGACAUCAGCGGUGAAGAGGAGGAGGAUGAGGAGGAUUUCAAUGAUGGUGAAAUAGACGAGGAAGAGGAUGAAGAGGAAUUGGACGCCCGAGGACAGAAGAGGAAACGAGAAGCUGAGGAAGAGGAGGAGGAGGAGGCAGGCGAGGAAGAUGACUGAAUCCACCCUGGCAGCCUUUCUAACCCGCCUCUCGCUCGCUCUCCUUUCUUUUUACCUCUCUUUCCUGUUUCUCUUCUUCUUCCCCCACUGCCCUCUGCCCCUAAAUAAAACCCGAUUGGGGGGGUGGUGGGGGAAGUGUAGAGGAGGAUUCUCUCUGUUCUGGUUGUAAUGUUGCUGUGGAAAUGCAACAGAGGAAGAUCCGUGCUGCACAGCACAACUGCUCUGGGAUUUUACAUGUGUGUGUGUGUGUGUGUGUGUUUGAAUGGGUGUUUGUUUGAGAGAGUGAGUGUGUGUGUGUUUGAGAGAGACAUUGGUCCUCGUUUGUUGUUGGGGGUUUUUUGUGGGGGGGGGUGUAGGGUGAGGGAGGGGGAAAUUGUUUUUUUUAUAUAGAUAGACGUUCCAUGUGUUGUAUCCCCAGCAAUAUGUACCGUAUUGUGAGAGGUGGCGUUCUCAUUCGCUCCGCGUCAGAUUGGGAAAGUGAACCUGGUUCUGUCUCUGAUUUACUCUGAUCCUGGAAAGUGGCGAGUGUGUCUUUUUUUUCUUUCUUUCUUUCUGUAAAUAAUGACCAAAUUACUCGUCCUUUUGUUAGUUUUGUUUCCCCCCCCCACCCCCACUUUCUCCUCUUCCCUUCUCCACGCCCCCACUCUCGUCGCUCACUUUCUGAAACCGGUCCGUUUGCAACCAGUCCCCAACCGAGGAAUCUCUUGUGUGAUGAUUGACUUCAUUGUAAUGAAAUAUUAAUUUGAACCUGUUUUGACAACACGGGUGUCUGGUCUGUAAUUAUAUGAUCCUCAGAAUAAUCCUUCGUUAGAUACAUUACCUUAUCAUGUUGGUUGAAACGUCUCAAAAGAGCUUCACAGGAUUUACUGUAAAGUGCAGUGACUUUUGAGUAUUUUCGUAGGUGAAACUUAACAGCCAAUUUGCGCACAGUGAUGUCCCCACAAACAGCCACGAAGUGAGUGACCAAUUUUAUCUGGGGCGAUUGUCGGCUAAGACACCGGGCGAGAGAAAGUGCCACGGGAUCUUUAGCGUCCGUCUAAAACAGGCACAAACGAGAGCUCGGUUCAAUGUCUAUCCGAAGGAUGGCACCUCCAACCGUGCAGCGCUUUCUUUUUUCAGACCCCCCCACCUUCCACCCACCCCCCAACACUGCAUUGGAGCAUCAGGCUUGACUGAGCUCAAAUCCCCAGCCUGGAGGCUUGAACCCACAAACCUUUUGAGUCGAGAGCUGAGAGCUUCAAUACAGCAGGAGAAAAACACACUGUACAUUUCUUCUAAUGCUGGGCUGUGCUCUGCUGAGUUUCCUUUUACGAGCAUCAUUUAUGCAGACAUGGAGUGACUAGAAAUAAUAGCAUGUAGCGUUGAAUGGACUUGUUUUCAUACAUUCAAGGGUAUAAUACUAAUGCAGAAUUGUAUUUUCUUAUCUUGUGGAAGACCGGGGUGGGUGGGGGUGCGAGGGGUGGGGGAGGGAAGCUAGUGAAUGUACAGAUCUUUAUUUUCAUUUUCCUCUUAAAGAUGGUUUAAGGAGUGACUGUCCAGAGUACAACAUUUCACCUGUACAAUGUUUCUCAGCAGAGACAAACGUUUUAGUUUUUGUGGCUUUUUUUUUGUCAUUCAACAGUUUCAAUAAAUUUUUUUAUAUAUAUAU